UCUCGGCGGUCACAUUCGGUCAUUCGUGACCGUUUAGGAAGCACAAAAACCAAACAAACCAAAAAACAGCCAACAGCGAAUCGACCUUCCUUUCCUUGCUUCUAUUACCAUUGAUACCGUUGCCACUAUUGCUGCUCUGUUCAAUGAUAUUGCAUCGGUACUUCCUCUACAGCAGUUAGUUUCGUUGCCAACCCACCAGUGAUUAAUUAUCAUUACCCAUGGCGUCCAUAAUCAAGCUCCUUCGAUCUCCAAAGGAUGAGUUCCCAAAGGCGAAAGUGUCGUUUUCAAUCCUUUUGGAUCCUGACAACAAUGUGCAUGAUGUAGCGACGAUGGAAGUGCCUGUAUACGAGAUGGGGGACGUCGAGGAUUGGCUGGAGUGGCGCAAGCUUUUCGAUCGUCUCUUGACAGCCAAGAACUUGGAGAAAGGUCCCAGUUUGUUUCGUCAUGCGAGAAUCCUUUUGGCUGGAGGAGCCCUCAGCAAAUUCAACGAUAUUGCCACAAAGCACAUUGCCGAUAACAACGACGAAGAAACCAAGGAAGCCUUCGAUGUGACCCUCAAAGAAUUCACCAACAGUAUGCUGCCCUCACACACCGCCAAGAGAGUCAAACGGUAUCUCUUGGAAAUUCAAAAACCCAUCUACAUGUCCGUGUCACAGUUCGUGGUCCGUCUGCAGCAAAUGAAUAGUUACUUUCCCUACAUGCCGGACGUUGGAGGUCAAAAUGUCAUGUUGACACCCACUGAUAUGAAAUUUGUACUGGAACAAGCCGUGCCUCAGGCAUGGAGGAGCGCUUUGGAACGAAGUGGGCAGCAUGAAGCCAUGAACUUUAGCGAAGUCGAGGACUACUUCAAAACACUGGAACACCUCGAGGAAGAGACCGUCCGUGGGAGCAAAUCGUAAUCUUGCAUUGCUAGCUAGUCAGUCUAGUAGUAGUUCAUCAUCUUGUUUU